GUGAAAACGUGCUGGGCUUUUCUCUGAAAUGCUUUACCAGGAAUUGGGGAGAAAGUGAAACUGACUAAACAAAGGUCAAAGCUUGAUAGCCUGCUGGCAUCCGGAGUGCAACAAUAACAUCUUCAGUUGUUGACAUCCCUGCUUGUAGACUGCGAGCAGGUUAAUACUUGUUGAUUGUUCCGACGUCCGAACGAAACAAGAAAAUACAUGCAUGAAGAAAUUUUCAAGGAAAAGUUUUGUCCUUCUCAUCUCUGUUUCUCUUAUACUUGAUUGGAAUGGUGUCUUGGCUGUAAGUAUCGCGAUUUUAUCUGCUGAUGGAAAGUGACGGAGGAUUAGCCGUGCGGACAAACUUGGUUAAAGAAAAGAUAGUUCGAUAGUUUGUAUAAGCGAAAUAUCUGCGUAUUUCCGAGUUCGACUGCACAUCGAGACGACCUUGUGUGGUUACACGAGGUUGUCUUUGUAUAUUUUGUUUGAAAAAGGAGAUUUGUUGGUCCUCCUAUCAGCUGCACUAUAGUUAUGUUAUAACCAUAAUAUCUGCUUUAGUUUAACUGCUGUUACUGAGCAGUGACGUGCACGGCCACUAGUCUUCGAAACCGACGUCAUUGGCGAAGAAUGAGCGUGGGAAAUGAUGUCUGAAUACGCGGACUAUGUGGCCAGGAUGUUCACUUUAGCUUUGAAUUUAAUGUUUACUUUAAAGUAGUUGUACAGUCGAUUAAUGUUUUGGGAUUUCUAUUUGUCCACUCGCAGGUGUCUUGGAGCGACAGCAGAUCAAUCUGCUGUUACGGUGAAAAUGGUAUUUUCUACUGCGGUUCUGUUGCAGCAUCAGGUUGCCCGAACGGCCUGAAGGUAUCUUGUUACAAACUUGCAGAUUAAAGCUACAAUCCUGGUCAAACUAUUGGCGCACUUGACACUGACUGUGCGAAAUUUGACUCCUACUUCAAUUACAAGGAUAGCAACCCCCCUUUCCCCAGUUCAGUGUUGUCUGUAGUGUGUUAUACGUCCAAGGUGUUACACAACAUUGAUAAGGGGGAUAGGGGGUGUUUGGACAUGAAAUUUUGCAUCAAUUGAGCAAGUAUUUAUAUGGUAAUCAGAAAUGAAGUAAAGGUUAUGCUAUUUAGACUAAGUGCGCCAAGGAUUUUUGACCAGGAUAGGUGUUUUGGGAGCGACAGCAGAUCAACCUGCUGUUACGGUGAAAAUGGUAUUUUCUACUGCGGUUCUGUUGCAGCAUCAGGUUCCUGAAGGUAAUCUUGUAUAAGUUUUAACUGCUGUUACUGAGCAGUGACGUGCACGGCCACUAGUCUUCGAAACCGCCGACGUCAUUGGCAAAUAAUGAGCGUGGGAAGUGAUGUCUGAAUACGCGGACUAUGUGGCCAGGAUGUUCACUUUAGCUUUGAAUUUGAUGUUUACUUUAAAGUAGUUGUACAGUCGAUUAAUGUUUUGGGAUUUCUAUUUGUCCACUCGCAGGUGUCUUGGAGCGACAGCGGAUCAACCUGCUGUUACGGUGAAAAUGGUAUUUUCUACUGCGGUUCUGUUGCAGUUCUAGCAGCAUCAGGUUGCCCGAACGGCCUGAAGG